GGGAGAGGGAGGGAGUUACCUUCUGUUCGCUUAGAUACAAACCCGUUCUGUACGCGAAGCAAGUCUCCAAGAGUGCUGAGUUAACGCGUACGUGGCUGGCGGUGCAGGCGGUAGCUGGUCGUGAUCUUAACUUGGCCGUCGAGAUGAAGGUGUCCGUCAGAGUGAGAGGGGAGUGGCUUCAGGUACCAUGCAAGACAGGGAACGAGACGGUGGCAUGGCUGGGGGAGGAGAGCUUGAGGAGGUACAUUAAGCUGAAGCCCUCGACGCACGUGCCCAACCGGACGGAGAACGUGGCGAGGGUGCGGAAGACCAGAGGGGGAGCCAUCCUCGACCCAUCCGAUUCCGUGAGUGACGUUCUGGAUGACAAUGACUUCGUUUCCGUGGUUCUCGAGAGCGACCGACCCAACCCAGUGACGGAGAAAGCAGAGAUCAAAUACGUGACCGAGCAACUCCCAGGUAAGUACACGCCACCUGAAGAGUACCUGACCCUGGACGGCGCCACACUCACGCCCGAGGAUCUGCUGUCGCUGGGGAAGGGCCGCUACAAGAUACGGCUGAGCCAGGAGGCGGAGGACGCAAUCAAGGCCUCGCGUAACCUCGUAGACUUCAUCAUCAAGGAGAAGAAAGUGGUCUACGGCAUCACGACCGGCUUCGGGAACUUCGCGCGCACUGUGAUUCCCGACGACCAGCUGGAAGAGUUACAAGUCAACGUGAUUCGGUCUCACGCGGCGGGGGUGGGCCAACCUCUCUCCGCCGAAAAGACCCGGAUGCUGCUGGCGCUGAGAGUGAACAUUCUGGCCAAGGGCUGCUCCGGCAUUAGCCCAGAGACCCUGCACCAGUAUAUCGACGCCUUCAAUGCGUCGUGUCUCCCGUGGGUGCCGGAGAAAGGGACGGUGGGUGCUUCUGGGGACCUGGCACCCUUGGCACACUUGGCCCUGGGGAUGCUGGGGGAGGGGAAGAUGUGGAGCCCCAAGACGGGAUGGGGGAACGCCAGCUACGUUCUCGAGGCGCACAACCUUCGGCCCAUCAAGCUGCGGGCCAAGGAAGGCAUCGCGCUGAUCAACGGCACACAGCUGAUCACGUCCAUCACGGCGGAGGCGCUGGAGCGAGCCGAGAUGCUGGCCAAGCAGGCGGAUGUGGUGGCGGCGCUCACCCUCGAAGUGCUCAAAGGAACCUCCAGGGCCUUUGACAGCGACGUCCACAAGCUCCGUCACCACAAAGGACAGAAUGAAGUGGCCAGUCGCAUCAGGGCUCUGCUUCACAACGACACCUACCGCUCAGAGAUUGCAGAGUCCCACCGCUUCUGUGACCGAGUUCAGGACGCCUACACCCUUCGCUGCACUCCUCAGGUCCACGGGAUUGUGCACGACACCAUCCGCUUCGUUAGGGGCAUUAUUACCGACGAGAUGAAUUCAGCCACUGACAACCCGCUGGUCUUGUCGGAGCGCGGCGAGAUUAUCAGUGCCGGGAACUUCCACGGCGAGUAUCCUGCCAAAGCGGCGGACUACCUGGCGAUCGGUAUUCACGAGAUCGCUAGCAUGUCGGAGAGGCGGAUUGAACGUCUCGUGAACCCAUCCCUCAGCGAGCUCCCAGCAUUCCUCGUCAAACAAGGAGGACUCAACUCUGGGUUCAUGAUUCCACACUGCACCGCGGCGUCCCUGGUCUCGGAGAACAAGGUGCUGACCCAUCCUGCCAGUGUGGACUCCCUCACCACGUCAGCAGGCACGGAGGAUCACGUCUCCAUGGGCGGGUUCGCGGCGAGGAAGGCCCUGAUGGUGGUGGAGAAUGUGGAGCACGUCAUCGCCAUCGAGCUCCUGGCGGCGUGUCAGGCCAUCGAGUUCCUGCGGCCCCUCAAGACCACGACGCCCCUGGAGGAGGUCUUCAAGGUGGUGCGCUCCGUAGUGGGGCCGCUGGACAAGGACCGCUUCAUGGCCCCGGACAUUGAUGCCGCGACGGAGUUGUUGCGGGAGAACAAGGUGUGGCUGGCCGUGCAGCACCACAUACAACACUACCACUCCGUGCAGGACGUGGAGACCCGGGUGUUCUCCCCAACCAUGAGCUUCCUGGGCCCUGGUCCGCGCCCCAUCAAGCGGCGCGCGGACAUCAUUAACGGCAGCGGCACCAAGUCACCGAAGUCGCCCGCCGUCACCAAGCGACAGCGAACUUCCAGCAGGACUUCGAACUGAGGCGAGAGGCGUCACGAAGUCUUCUGUUGCGUUGCCUAGCGGUGUGUGUAGGAUGUUCUUGCACACUACAGGAAGCUUAAAAACUCUACGAAAUGCUACAGAACGCUAAAAGAGCACUAAGAAACGCUACAUCAACUCUUCACAUCGCAAGAACCAAGUCUAUAUAUACCAAGUCAAGCCAUACGCAGGUUUGUGGAAGGAGAAACGGCCGAGGCGUGGCUUAUGCGUGACGUUGCUUGGAGCCAAACUAGAGACUGUAGAAACAGGGAUUUAGAGAAAACGAAGAAAGGCGGACUAAUUUAAGUCAAUCACUUCAUCAUGCCCUCCCUCACACCCCACACCGCCGUUUGUAGGCAUUGGAAUUACAAUCACGCAAUAGCACAAUAAAAAGACAUUUUUUCGUCAGUGGCUUGCCUGAACGCGCUGUGAAAGGCGAGAAUGCACAUCCAGAGUGCACAUAUGGCCCCAACUUAAGUCACCCCUGAACUGGCGGGUACUUUUUUUUUUUUUUUUUUAGCUUCCAGUGACGUCAUCCCGCUGCUCCGCCCCAAAACCGCCUCCUGCGCGUACCGGUCGCAGUUUUGAAGCAGAGUGACUUGACUUGGUAUAUAUAGACUUAGGUUCUUGCGAUGUGAAGAGUUGAUGUAGCGGUUCUUAGUGCUCUUUUAGCGCUCUGUAGCAUUUCGUAUAGAGCUUUUAAUCGUCCUGUAGUGUGCUGUAACGUUGCAGAGCGCUGUAUAGUGUUCUUUGGCGUUCUGCAAUGUAGAUUGGUUAGGUUUCUGUAGCUUAGUGUAAGGUUAUGUAACUUUGUAUAGCGUUGUGUAGCGUUAUUUAGGGUUCCGUAGUAUUCCGUAGUAUUGUGUAGCGUUGUGGGAGUUUACCCUCUACAACGGCCCUUCCUUCCUGUACGCUUGUUUCGUUUUUAUAUUUUUGAGUAGCCCUGUAGCCUAUAAUUUAGCUGCAGAAGUAUGGACUCGAUAGGAAGAAAUAGCCAAAUGCCUCUCCACACCCAACAACGCAAGGGUCUUCCUCUACUGCCCCACAAGCUCACCUGUAGCCUAUAAUUUAACUGUAGCCUUUACGUUAGCUCUGAAGGAAUGUAGAAGGACGGACUCGAUAGGAAGAAAUAGCCAAAUGCCUCUCCACACCCAACAACGCAAGGGUCUUUCUCUACUGCCCCACAAGCUCACCUGUAGCCUAUAAUUUAACUGUAGCCUUUAUGUUAGCUCUGAAGGAAUGUAGAAGGACGGACUCGAUAGGGAGAAAUAGCCAAAUGCCUCUUCUCUGCUGCCCCCACAAGCUCACUCGCGUCUCUGUGGUUGACGUGGCAAGGCUCAGCACAGACACUUGUUAAAACGCCAAUAAAGAUAUGCCCACAAGGUGAUGCAUGGUUA